CCGGACCCGGAGGCCCACUGGGUGGCAAUCGCCCUAGUGAAUUCGACCUAGAAGUCCAAGUUGAAAAAGGACCAAGUGCCCAAGCAAGAAAAAACAAAGACUUGACGGGCCGGUGUGGCUGUAGUUUCUUUGGCGCUACUGCUGGAAACCGAGACAAACACAGGACCCUCUAGCAAUCAAGAUACACCAUAUCCGGCCACCGCCAAGUAUUGUUUAUCUACUACACGCACACCCGCCUCAUAACUUCUUGGCCGAGCGAGCGCUCCGUACCAGUACCAGAUUCUAGAGCUAAACACCAAGCAGAGCUGCUUCUCCCCCCACGCCCCCUAGCCUCCCAAUCACAUCCACCUUCCAGCAACAUGGCCAGCGGACUCCCGGCAAUGGGGCAGCCUACCGCCCCGGGGCGGGCGAGCCCCAAGUCUUCUUACCCAGAGUCCCGCGUCUUGAUCAUCAUUACGGGCGGUACCAUCUGCAUGCAGCCGUCCGAGGACGGCCUGGUUCCUGUUAAUGGCUUCCUGGAGCAUGCCAUGGCCCCGCGGCCCUCGUUCAAUGACUUGUCUCCCGGCCAAGGCAACGAGCUCCACGCCUACCACAAUGGAAAGAUGCUCAGUCUCCCCAGUCUCAGGACGCCCUUGAGCUCGUACUCUAGGCAUAUCCGAUACUGCGCCUUGGAGUUCAACCCGCUGCUGGACUCGAGCUCCAUCUCGUCUGCAGGCUGGGCCGAGAUUGCCCAGACGGUCAAGGAGAACUACCGGCUGUUCGACGGGUUCGUCGUGCUCCAUGGCACCGACUCGCUGGCCUACUCGGCUUCUGCCCUGUCCUUCAUGAUGUCCGACCUCGGCAAGCCUGUCAUCCUCACGGGCUCACAGGCGUCCAUCUUUGCCCUCCAGUCGGAUGCGACCGACAACCUGCUGGGAUCACUAAUCAUUGCCGGAACCUUCAUCAUCCCCGAGGUCUGCCUGUUCUUCCACCACACGCUCUACCGUGGCAACCGGACCACCAAGGUCUCGGCCUCGGCAUUCGCAGCCUUUGACAGCCCCAACUUUCCGCCCCUGGCCAAGGUGACGAGCCUGGGCGUCGACGUAAACUGGUCACUGGUGCGCCGGCCUACUAGGAUCGCCGGCUUCCAGGUGAAGACUUACCUCGACACUCAACACGUCGCCUGCAUCCGCAUCUUUCCCGGCAUCAAGCCCGAAAUGCUGGAUUCGGUCCUGCAUGUGGAGGGUCUCAAGGGCCUCAUCCUCGAGACCUUUGGCAUGGGCAACGCCCCCGGGGGCAUCGACGGCAGCUUCACCAAGGUCAUCCGCUCGGCCGUAGAGCGCGGCAUUGUCAUAAUCAAUGUCAGCCAGUGCACCAACGGUUUCGUGUCGCCGCUGUACGCCCCCGGCACGGCUCUGGGCCGGGCGGGUGUCGUAUUCGGGCAGGACCUGACGACCGAGGGCGCGCUGACCAAGCUCUCGUACCUGCUUGCGCUCGAGGGCCUCUCGUACACCGAGAUAGUGGGCAUGAUGGCGCAGUCGCUGAGGGGCGAGAUGACCGAGUCGGCGCAGCCGACCUUCUCCCACCCUGGCGGCAGUUUCAUGGAGGGACGGUCGCGGCAAAACUCGGUCGGCGCGGGCCCCAAGAGCCCGCUGACGGAGGUGGAGACGCGCUUCACGGAGCUCGGGUACGCGAUCCAGAACGGCGACCUAGCCAGGGUGCGGGAGAUGCUGGCGAGCGACGAGGCGACGGGCCAGCAGCUGCUCAAACGGUCCGACUAUGCGGGCAACACGGCGGUGCACCUGGCGGCGGUGGGGCCGACGGCCGAGGUGCUGCGGGACCUGCUCAUGAGGGGCGCGAGCGUGCACGUGCGCAACCGGGCCAACAACACCCCCCUCUUCCUGGCCGAGAAGAUGGGCAACAGCGGCUGCGUCGAGCUGCUGCGGGAGGCGGGCGCGCACCUGACCGAGUACGAGGCCGAGCAGCAGCGACAGCGGCAGCAGCAGCAGAACCAGCAGCCGUCGCCCAAGCGGCAGAAGACGGAGACGAACUAGGGGACCCUGUGUGUCCGGGCAAACCUGGCCGCAGAGGUGACGUGUUGUUGGAUCACGUCGUAUCGGUCGGGAUGUUUUCCUUUUUUUUUUUUCGCUCUCGUGUCAAGGCAACACAGACACUGCUGUGUUGGACCCUGAUUCAUUGGCUGUAUCAUUGGCAACGAGCCUUCCUUUAAAGAUUCAACAGGCGCCUCGGCAUCCCGUUACGGCGUCUCGAGCUGGGAAUGUCGAGGGUGGUGGCAGACGGCAACCGUAGCCGCGCGGCCAGGACCACUGGCCAUAACCCCGCAUAUCGCCCCCCCCUACCAACCCAGUACCUAGGUACCGUGCCUAGCUAAGGUAGGUAUUCGGCCUGGCCCAACGAAUGGCGCGCACAAACGGGGAUAGUUUCCGGUCGCGUUUAUCGGCCGCGGUCUCUUUUGUCGGCCUCGCAGUGUUGGGUGGCUCAAGCGGCUGGGAUCCAUAGGGUCCAGGACGAUUCCAGGCGAAGCCGGUGGAGGAGCCCCGCCAUUUGCCGUCAAUGGGAUGCGCAAACACUCGCCGCAGACCUGCCUCAGUCUCUCUUUCGGCCCGCUGCAGUCUCUUUCCGGCAGUGACACGCAUCCGGCCAGGAGACGGCCAAGGAGGGGGUUUCGUCGGGUUCGAGUUUGGACAACAGGAAUGGUUGGCGACCUCCGUUUUGGAAGAGGCAGCCCGAGUCGGAAGGCCGAAACAGCCUUGCCGAGCCAUCCUUUGCGAGUUUUUGGGCGAGGGAGUGGGAACCUAGGUAGCCGACAUUUAAAGGAACAACAGCACACCUCCAAGUAGCCUCAUUGGGCGAAGCCGCGCUCUAAUUUCACUGUGCAGCUUGUGCCCGGAGACAGUGCGC